AUGACGACAACAAUUCGGACAUCAGCGGCUUCACCAACAAUCGCUAUUACUUCUAACCGAAAUAAAUCUGUCGCUACUACAUUUACCACUACUACAACUACCACUACCACAACUACCAAUACCACAACUGCCACUGCUACAACUACCAAUAACACAACUACCAAUAACACAACUACCAAUAACACAACUACCAAUAACACAACUACCAAUACCACAACUACCAAUACCACAACUGCCACUGCUACAACUGCCACUGCUACAACUACCACUACUACAACUACUACUACCACUACUACAACUACCACUACUACAACUACCACUACUACACACAAUACAACUGCAAAUACUGCUUUUCCUACUACCGCUGUUACUACAAAAUCAGUACUACCAUUUUUCAGUACAGGUAGAAGUGUAACAAUAAUUAACGUAACAGGUGAUACUGCAGAUGGCGGUGAAAACUAUUCAGGUGAGAAUAUAAUGGCGAUUCCAUUAAAUAAAGUUACAGCAACUAAAAUUAACGCUACUCCAACGUAUGUUAAUGUUGGGGCCGUCAGUACACGUGUACCGGAAGCUAGUACUCGCGCACUUGAAACGAGUGCGCAUGUUACUACAACGAGUGCAAAUGUUACUUCAAAAAGUACAAGCGUUGUGUCGGUUACAUCCAACGGCUUAGCCGAUACGAAAUCGAGCUUGAAUAAUUUAUCCAACUCAUUCAGUUCAUCGCCCACAACAACAGCAGCAGCUAUUAUUAGCAACGAAAAUGUUCUAGCAACAAAUUUAACUGUUGUAUCAAAUGGUAAACAUGUUGCAGAAAAAACAAAAAGUGUUGAUGCAACAAAAAUGAAUGUUGAAAAAGAAGGUGACCCUCUAUCGAUUGACUCAAUUAAGUUGCAGUCUGUGUCGGAGAGGAAUGAGAUGUUUGAAAGCAUGAUUCGGGGUAGAAUCCGUCACGAACAACUACAACAACAUCAACCUAAUAAUCCUUAUUUACAACAAUAUAGACAACAACAACAACCUCAAAAACUGCAACAGCAACCGCAACAACAACCGCCACAAUCGCAUCGACGUCAACAAAAACAUCCAGACAAUCGACUACAGCUACCACAACAACAAAAUGUAAUUCAGCAACACCAACUACAAUUGCUACCAUCAACAUCAACAUUUUUUCAACAAUUAUCAUCAUCACCAUCUGCAAAAACACCAGAAACAACAACUUCAUCGACACAAAAUCAGCAGCCGAAAUCUCAAGUAAUUAGCAUAGACAGCAUCUUAUUUGCAAAAAAUAACUUGAAGAAACCUGAAAACAUUAGGCGUCACAGUAACCAAAGUUCAAACAGUGCCUGCAAUACGAUCACCAGUAAAAGGUCGACAAUUAGCGGUGUAGACAAAGAAAAUGUGAUCAACAAAAAUAACAAAACUGACAACAGAAACUUCAUCAACGACAUUAACAACAACAUCAAUGACAUUAACAACAACAACAACGUUAAACCAAAUACUAAUGAUAGUAAAGAAGAAGGUCUCAACAACGAUUAUAAGGCAAACAACAAUAACGACGCUAAUAACACUAACAACAACAACAUCAACAGUAACAACAACAACAGCAGUAACAACAACAGCAGAAGUAACAACAACAACAACAGCAGCAGCAGUAGUAGUAGUAGCUGCACCAACGACAUCAACACAAUUGGUGAUAUUUACAGCAAACUCGGCAACAAAGUCACCCGCAUCACGUUAACAUCCCCGGUUGAUGACGUAGACCUCUUAAGACCUGAACCAGAAAUACCAAAAGAUGACGUCACGAAAGAUAAAAAACCGCAAAGACCGCAGACAGUCAUACUGAAUCUUCACGCCCAGAAAUCGAAAUUUCUAGAAGAGAUCAAAAGCAACAUGGCCGAUAAUGCAGUAGAUGACAAAAUUAACCUGGAUUUGAACAUAAACCUAAAUGGCGUGAUUAGUGACGUCACCAAGCCAGCCGCAACCGACGCCACUACUGCCAAUAAAAAUGAACGUUUUGAAAUGACGUACACAAACGAAAGCAACGGCAAUUUCAAGCAGCACAACGUCAUCAAACAACAACACAACGUCAUCAAACAACAACAGCACAACAACAACAAACAAGACACCAAAAAGCUGCAUGAUGACAUUAACAACGAUAACACAACACAUAACAACAGCAGCGGACAACAAAACAACAAUAACUUAAAUGAGAUCAACAACAAUCAAAACAAAAACAACAACCGGAGAAUAACAAACCAUGAUGACGUAAAUAACUUUGAACCUAAACAUCAAAAGUUAAUUUAUGAAAACAGCAACAAAAAUAAAACACAGCAAAGACCGCAGACCGUUAUGCUGGGCAUUCAUGGACAAAAAUCACAAUUUUUGGGUGACGAAAAACACAACAUGGUCGACAACUUCGAAACCGACCGAAUAAAAUUGGACUUGAACAUAAACCUGAAUGACAUUAACAGACAGCAACAAAACAACAACAUCGACAACACACAAAACAACAACUUCCAUCACAUCAACAAAAAAGAGAACAAAAAUGACACCAUGGGCCAACGAACAAUGUUAAAAGAUAACGACGGACAGCGACAAAGCAUUACCAUAAACGAUCACCAACUGAACAACAACAUCCAAUCAAAAAUUAUGACGUCACCGUCAAUAAUGGAGCCCAUGGAUGUCAAGAGAUGGUGGAUGAGGUCUUCUACUGAGGAUGUUUUUAGAAGAACACAAAUGAAAUUAACAGCUGGUAGUCCACCGCAUGCAACAGCUGUGACAGCAGCUGGCCAAUCAGCUGCAACAGCUGGUAGUCUAUCAGCUGUGACAUCAACUGUACUAAAUGCUAAUAUAUUUCACCGCCAAAUGUACGGUUAUGAUUGUGGUAAUGAUAUCAAUGAUAAUAAUGAUAACAAUAAUAAUAAUAAUAAUGACGAUGACGACGAUAACAAAAACUUUGUUGAAAAUUGUAAACAACAUUUUUCAAGCGUUGACGAAUAUAAGAGCAAACAACAACAAAAACAACGACAACAAUAUUACCGACCAACUCAGCAACAUGAUCCACAACCACAACGACCGGAAAUGGAUAGAUUAUCACAUCAACGUUUGAUUCCCAGAAACAGCAGUAGCAGCAACAACAUCAACAACAUCAACAACAACAACAUCAACAACAAUUACAUCAAUAGGAACUACAACGAUCGCGGACAGCAGCACCACCAACGGCGGCACCACACCACACACUCCCCAUCUUCGUCCUCCUUCUCAUCACUCGGCGGCUCUUUCGUACCACAGAACGAACGUUUCGGCAACAGCCACUUUCGAUACAAAGACAUCAACACAGAGAGACCCAGGCAGGUCAAUUCCCUGAACAGAGAUUUCGAAACUUACGGAUUUCUACGAGACGACAAAACGAAACCGACGAAAGCUGGGAAUUACCAAAUGCGCAGUUUCACUUUCGAUAUUCGUGAUGAUGUGAGGGGCUAUGAAGGAAGAAGAUAUGAUGGUGAUGAUAACGAUCAUUAUUAUGGUGAUGAAAAUAAUAAUGAUGGUGACGACAACUGUUAUCAUCGGAGCAACUUCAAUGACGCUGGCGAUGAUGGUGAAGAUUAUUAUGAAAUGAAUAAUAAUUUUGAACAGCACAUGAGACCAGUGACUUUGGAUUUGAAUUUAAAUUUGUCAUAGUUUGAAUGAAUGAAAAAAUGAAUGAAUGGUUGUAUUUGAUGAAAUGAAUAAAUAAAUGAAUGAAUGAAUGAAUGCUUGAAUGAACGAACGAACGAACAAAUAGUGAAUGAAUUAAUGUGUUUGUGAGUAAAUGAGUGAGAGAGUGAGUGAGUGAGUGAGUGAGUAGUGAGCGAGCAAGUGAAUGAGUGAGUGAGUGAGUGAGUGAGUGAGUGAGCGAGCAAGUGAAUGAGUGGUUAUCCAAAUAAAACAAUGAGCAUAGUUAUUAAUUACUUGAUUGAUAUUAUGAAUUAAUGAGUGAAUGAGUUAAUUACCUGGCGAUUAAUGGAUCGAUUGAGCGAAUGAAUGAAUAAAUAAAUAAAUUUAUAAUUGGCUAAUUGAUUGAUAUAGUGAUUAAAUGAAUAAAUUAAUUGGAAUAAACUAAAUCGGCAUUAUCCUAAUCAUUCCAACACUAACGAACAACAACAUCACCAUCUGAAUGUUAGAAAAACAUAAUGACGAUGAUUUCUUAAUAAUUUUUGUGCAAUCAUAACUCGUUCUAUUUAACUUAUUUAAAUUAAUUAGUAAUUUAUUAAUUUAUGCAUUCAUUUAAUUACUAAUUUAUUCCAAUGUAUUUCUAACAAAAUUCUAAUUUUUAAUAAAUUUUCUCAAAAU